ACGAUCCGACUCCUGUUUUUAUAUAAUGUAAAAAUUCCAAAUAUCGACGAGUCGAAGUUUUCUCCAAAUUACAGUAUAUUUUCUCGUUUGAAAGGUAGAAGCAUUUCGGAAAAUUGAAUGUAGGAACGUCUUAUGCAAUACAAUUGGACCUUCUGCAUUGCCUGGUAAAUUGGACUACUCGUUGAAAGUGAAUUUUUAAUGACUGUUGACGAUUUGAAUCAGGAACAAACUGGGUUUCAGGUUUUUCGAAAUUCAGUAGCAGACAUUUCUGUUUAUGGAAAUGUCAAUUUUCCCCUUGGUAUAGGGUUUUAACAGAUAAAAAAGUACUAAUUUAAACCAUUUAAAAAUGGGUUGACACACGUCAAAAUUUGCUUAUUCAUAUAGUUUGCAAUGCCGUGUAUUUCUUAUCAUAAACUUUCUAUCGACGAUUUUAUUUGGUCUAAACGAGGGUCUCGCAUUAGAUAUUGUGUCAUUUGAUCCCAAUACGCCAGUGACAAUAUCCUUCACACACAAUUACCUUUAUCUCGCAUCAAACAAGGUACACGGAAGUUCCAUUACCAUAAAUAACUUGUAAAUUUUAUGGGUGCGAAACUCGCAUUCUUCUUUACCAUGUCGAAGAUCGUCGUAUUGGAAGUGGUAGAAGGCUGGCGACCGAAAGUUCUAGAACUAUACGGUCGAACCGAGGAAGCCGCUAGGAUCGAUGUUGAAAAGGUUAAGGAAUGGUUUCGGAAACAACCCCAUCUACCGGAGCUACCAGUGGACGAGUUAAUCGAACGGUUCUUGAUCACGAACAAAUUUCACGUCGAGGCGGUCAAGUCGAAAUUGGACGUCUACUUUUCGGUACGUACGUUGCUUCCCGAAUUUUACGGCCAUGGCCCUUGCGGCGAACGAGUGAGAUCCGUUACACAAACGGUUUAUUUGGUUCCUCUUCCAAAGCCAACGGCGGCGUUUAGUAGAAUAAUCUGCUUCAAGCUGAAGGAUGCGAAUGUCGAAAAAUUUGACGUGAUCGAUACGUUGGGUUACUUGAUGAAUAUUAUUGAAGUCAGACUGCGCGAGGAUUUCUGCCUGAGUGAUAUCUACAUUUACGAUCUUCAGGGUACUACAAUUGGCCACGUACUGAAGAUUUCACCCACGAUUUUAAAAAAGAUGAACUACUUAAUGGAGAAGCUGUACAAGAUUAGCAUAGAAGGUAUACACAUCAUCAACGCGCCCACCUUCAUCGAGUCUGCUGUGGCAAUGUUCUCGAAGUAUUUCAAGGAGAAAAUAAUGAGCCGGGUUCAGACACAUCAGAACCUGGAAUCGCUCCACGAGGCUGUACCCAAGUGCUAUCUUCCGUCAGAUCUUGGAGGAACGCAGAAAUCAUUAUUAGAGUACCAAGAAAUUUGGAAAAUGAAACUUAUACAAUUGAAACCACUUCUUGAACAUUUACAAGCAUUAAGGGUCAACGAAGAGCUUCGUCCGGUGAAAUUGCCUGAAAAUGAAUUUUUGGGCAUAAAUGUCACUACGCUGUACAGCACGAGUAUUACUCAUAGAAGCAAUUAGGAAAGUCUUAUAGAUAACGUCAGGACCUUCAGUGUCAAAAGGAUAGCACAUUGCGAAAGAUGAGGCUUUAUAAUUAUUGGUUCCUUACUGGUGAAGAGCUACACUUGAAUCCUGUAUAAAUGCAAUUUUCUUUGACACACAUUUG